CAACUUCAAGAAAGGUGGGGGGAGGGGCACGUCAUGAGUAGUGUCCGAGACAACGCAGAGGCGACAGCCAUGGGACGAGAAGACUUGACCUCGUACAAGCUCACGAACGGGCUCUACAUCGACCCGAACGAGAGCGAAGAGGACGACGACAGCCACGGCGGGUCGUCGAUUCAACCCCACGGCAACGCCUUCGCCAGAAAAAUGUCACGUUCCGUGUCGUCGCCGAACAUUGGACCCAAGUCUGUCUUGUCCCCAACGACUCCGCACGUGGUGGCGCCACUCAGGCUGGAUGAGCACCCAGACAUUGACACAAUCGCUCCUUCUGCUGUCGCGUUGAAGAUGCAACCUACCAGCCCCAUGAACAACCUCCCGGAUGCCAUCAUGGCUGCUUUUAAUAAGCUGUCACCUUCGAUGAUGCCUUUGUCACCCUCCUCCGAGCGAAAGCUCAGUAGCCCCAUGUACGUCGGAGAUACCAACGUUGUGUACGCGAUGUAUAUUUGAACUCCCCACGUUUUCAACAAGCAUGCUUCACGAGCGGUCGAUUUCUGCAGAUGCCCGCAACGCAGUGUGUACAUCAAUUCGCCCUUGGCGCCACCUCCAUUCGCAAGCUUGACUAUCUGCGAAAACUGUAAAGUGGAAGUCGGCACCCUGCUCAGCAAGCCCAGGCACCACUGUCGCAACUGCGGAGGGACGUUUUGCCAAGCAUGCUCGACCAAAUCAAGCGUCAUUCCGUACGAAGCUUUGAUGUCCAAGGGAGAGUUUCGAGUGUGCGACUGCUGUUUCCUCAAAAUACGAGAGUUCCAAAGCCAGAGCGGCACAACUCAAUGCUCGUGGAAUGGCCUGAGCCCUCUGGCGGACUCGGCCUUCCUCGCCACGUUUGGUUUCCCAGACGUGCAGACUCCCGUUGUGAUUGUGAGCUGCUGCUACUUUCCCGAUUGCGUGCCGUACUAUGGCCACAUGUACCUCACCCGGGAGCACGUUUGCUUUUUCGCGUACAAAUCGACCCUGGACCCCAUUUGCAUUCCAUAUGAAGACGUCGCCGCGGUCGUCAAGCCCGAAUUUUACUUUAUCAAUGCCUUGCAGCUCAAGUCGAGCGACAGGUCGUGGUUCUUUGCCGAAUUUAAUGGCCACCGGGACAUGGCGUAUAGUCGGCUCGACCAGCUUCUUUCCGCCCAUCGACAGCAAUACAAAGAAAGCGACCACACACCGGAAUCGCUGAAGGAAAUGGCAUCGCAGCGACGCCAAUCGUAUUUGAAUUCGAACCAACGCAAAAACAUUGUUGUUCGGGAAGAUGACGAUUUUGUUCCCCUGCCGCCAGAUGAAACAUUGAGCAAAAUGACGAAAAUCCUGGACACUGAGCUACAAAGCGACGUCAAUCAAUUGUACGACUCGCUCUUUUCCGACGACCAUGGCCACGACUUCUACGAGCGCGUGAUGGUUUCGACAAAGGACAUGGACAUUUCGAUUGGAGCAUGGCAACCCAUCGCGCAAUGCCCUGCAGACGCCAUGUCGUCGCUGUGUGUGUCGAAGGAACGGAUGACUCAUUUCCGCAAGGUCGAGUCCAAGCACCCACCCAAAGUAACGUUUCCAGGCUUGCCGCCCUAUGCCGAGUGCACACGAUAUCAAUUGUGUCGCCACGAUCAACAGCCGGGUGCACGCGUGUGGACGCGAUUUGUGCUGGCCGAGACGCUUCGAAUGAAGAAGAUUCCGUACGCCGACUACUUUGAGAUCGAGACGCGAUGGGUGUUUACGCUGGACGGCAACAAGUUUUGCCACGCCGAGGUCGGGAUCAUCGUGCACUUUAUCAAGUCGACGUGGUUCAACAACCAGAUCAUUUCGUCGACGAUCUCAGAAUCCAAAGAAGCGUUUGAAACAUGGGCGAACGCUGCAGUUGCGGAACUUCGUCAAAAGGGUUCUGUCGCGGCAGCGACACCCCCCAAGUGCACGGCGGCCACCGAUAAAUCGUUCGAAACCAAGCCAACGCAACGCACGUCCAAUGCUAUUGCGUCAGUCACCAACAGCCAACCACAACAUGUUGCCACCACCUCUGCCAUGUCUUCGUCGGUUUUCAACACGAUUGCUCAAGGCGUGCGCCAGCAACCCUUGUGGGCAUUUACAAUCAUGAUAUGCUUCUACAUGCUCUACUCUCUGCAUACCGUGCAUUCGGCGAUGCGACUCGCCCUGCAACGAUCGACUCAAGUCGAGGAACGACUUUUUCAGUUGACUUCAGCGACCAGAACAGACGAGAUCGAAGCUGUGGUGGCCACAACCUUGAAACAGCUCCAAUUAUGCACUUCUCCACGCUCCUAGAGGCUCUGGAGCUAUAAAGUCAACCAACAUAGACCCGACCGCACGUUUUUUCAUGCGGAUGGCGCAUCACCCA